GUUAGGUAUCGCGCAUCAAGGGCUCCAGUCGAAGCAACACCCCGUUAUGCUGAGGACGACCGACACAUCAGAACUCAAGAUGGGCCAAGAAGAAGACAAUGAUGCCUUUCGACCUGACGCAGAAAUCGAUGUCGGCUGCUGGAAUGUUGUAAACAACGACGCACAGAUCAAACAGGAGCCAAUGGUGGAGGAGAGAGUCUAGUAUUAUGAACGACAUCAGUGGACAAAUCAAGACGGCUACGACUUUGACAUUUCGCAGAUAAUAGCUGCACUCACAACAGCUUUAGGAGACAUCAACUUGAUGGAGAUCAACCAUCUUCAAUCUGAGGGUCCUGUUAUGGGUUUCGACAGGCCUCUGUGACAGUCUGCAACAUCUGCAACAGGUAUAACAUCCAAAGAUGUCAUUAACCAACGAUAGCAGUAAAAAAUUAUCAAGUGACAGCAGCAACAAUGCGUCAAAUACCUGUAUCGUCUACUACAAGAAUGUGGAAUUCUACAACAUUGGUAUGUGCGAGCAUCCUGUAUAUUACGAGUGCAGUACUCGAAUGAGAGUACUUUGCCAGCAAAACGAGUGCCCAAUCUGUCGUCAAGACCCACCCAAGGUAGUUUUUACUAAGGAAAUCAAGCCUUUUUGCUUUUUGAAAAAGGGAAAUUUGGUUGAUUCAAAGUAUAACAUCUACUUUGACAUCAUAAACCUCAAGGAGCACAUGAGAAGAAAACAUGACCUUCACUACUGCAACCCUUGCGUUGAAAAUCUUAAGAGUUUAUACAGAAAGAUUCCGGUGCUGCUGCUAGUAUGCCAAUGCAUGGAAGCGAGCUGUCGGUUAGCCAGUUGCCAGAGGAUGAAGAGGGCGGUGAUGCACAUAAAAACCUGCAAGAAGCUACCGAUUGGUGGCUGCCUGAUUUAGUAUUUUUAUUUUAUUUCAUUUCCUCAACAUUUUUUGAAAAUUUUCAGAUGCGCCUUUUCAAAUUCACCUACCAGUGCUACCAACCAACCUGCUUUUCAAAGAUGCGAACUCGUAGGUCAAAAAACCAUGCGACGUUGCCAUUCGGUUUGAAACGUUCCACGCGAAUGUGUUACCGUCGAGUUUACUUCAAAACUUUUUCAUGCAACAAUAAAAGUCAUUAAUUUAUA